AUGAGUGACACUAGAAAGCGAAGCAGCAUCUGGCUGCAGUUUAAAGAUAUUGGGAACAAGAAAGCAGAGUGCCUUCACUGCAAAACGAAGGUCACUAUAAGAGCAGGUUCCACCACAAACCUGCAUAGACAUACAAGAACUGUCCAUCCUACAGUGCAGUUAGAGGAGAGAGGGCAAGCCAGCUCACCAUCUACUGAUCCUGGUGUGUCUCAUACCAGAACAACAGCUGCUGUAACGUCUACUGCCAUCCCCAUGCGUGCAAGUAUAACCUCUCCUACUGCAACUCAAAGCAAAAUAAGUCAGUUUUUACCUAAACUGAUGACCCCAGCCAAACAGCACAGUAUUGAUGAUGAGUUGGCUAAAAUGGUAGCUUCUGAUUUUCAACCCUUUUCCAUUGUGGAGGACAAAGGAAUGAAAAACUUUGUCAAAGCCCUAAAUCCCACAUACACUCUACCCAGUAGAAAAACACUUUCCCAAACAAUGAUCCCAAAACUAUAUGACACAGAACGUGCAUUAUGGCAAGAAAGGGUGACAAAAGCUCCAUCAGUUUGCCUGACAACUGACUGCUGGACCUCCAGAACAACCUGCUCUUUCAUGUCUGUCACUUGCCACUUUAUUGAAGAUUACAAGAUGACAUCUUGCCUUCUGGACUGCUUCGAGUUCACCGACAGACACACUGCAGAAAACUUGGCAGUGGAGCUACUAAGAGUGGCAAAAGAGUGGCAAGUAGAGGACAAAGUGGUGUGCUGUGUGAGUGAUAAUGCUGCAAACAUCACCAAAGCCAUAAAAGUUUUGAAGUGGACCCAUCACCCAUGUCUGGCGCAUACACUAAACCUGGUGGUUAGAGAUGCUCUGAAGGUGAUCAAAACAACCGUGGAUAAGGUGAAGGCUGUUGUGGAGUUUUUCCACAAAAGCACAGUAGCAGCACAGAAGCUAAAGUCCACACAGCGCCAAAUGGGGAUUCCUGAACUGAGGCCCAAACAAGAGUGUGCCACCAGGUGGAACUCAACAUUUGAUAUGUUGAAACGAAUGCUUGAAAUAAAAGAUGCCAUCAUCUCCACCCUGGCCCUCAUCAACGCAUCUAUUGAGCCAUUAAGCCAAGAGGAAUGGGAGCUGGUGAAAGAGGUCUGCGCCGUCCUGCAACCAUUCCAGGAGGUGACUGUGGAGAUAAGUGCAGACAGGUACCUAGAACCAUUGAAGCAUUGUUUUCUCUACUACUAUUCAGUCACUAUUAUACAUUGCAAACACAACACAUACAGUAUAAUGCAUCACGUAUAAUAUGCCACAUACUUUUAAAAAACUAAAUUCUAAAAGUUGCUGUUUUCUCUCCUUCAGCUAUGUCACAGCCUCGAAAAUGCUCCUGCUUUGCAAAGGUCUGCAGCUGGUGACAGCCGAGAACCAAUGGACAGUAACUGUGCAGAAAGUGAAGGAAUUAGUUGCAGCUCUUUGUUCAGCCAUGGACCGCAAAUUUCUGCGGAUGGAGUACAACACUGUCCUUUCAGAAACUACCUUAUUGGAUCCAAGGUUUAAAAAACUUGCCUUCAGUGAUCGUAGAGCUGUUGAUGAAGCUCUUCAGAGGAUUAGUGCAGCAGCAGCAGCAAAAUGCACCCCCAGCAGCCAGCCAGCUCCACCAUUACAGGGCCAAGUGGAGGAGGAGCAGCAAACCUCUGCUGUUUGGAGGCUUUUUGAUGACAGAGCUACAGGAGAUGCUUCAAGGAGAAAUCCGACAGCUGAUGCUAUAAUGGAGGUGAGGAGCUACCUUGAGGAGCCCCUCAUCCAGAGAGCAGAAGACCCACUGAGCUGGUGGCAGGCCAAGGCCUCAGUCUUUCCACUCCUGGUGAAGGUGAUGGAGGGGAGACUAUGUAUUGUUGCCACAUCAGUUCCUUCUGAGAGAAUCUUCUCCAAAACAGGGCAGAUACUCACGGAGAGGCGAAAUCGUAUCAGGCCUAUCAGCCCAUCCAAGCUGAGGCAUCUGAUCUUCCUGAAUGCCAACCUGCCCUGAGGACUAAUGCUGUUUGCUGGAGUUUGGUUCUGGUUUUGAUUCUGUUCUGUGGAUUUGUUUGAAGUUUAUUGUUAAUUUGUGCAAUAAAAAAGUUUAAUUGAAAUAAACAAAUGUAAGAGUGGUUUUGUCACAGAAUAAAUGCACAGAAUUAGGCAUUAUAAGGUCUCUCAUAAAAACACUGAAAGCAAAAGGGUUUUCAACACAUAAACCAUGAUUUUUUUUCAAAGUUAAGGUAAAAUAUAGGCUACAAAAGAUCCUAAAUAAAGAGCCGUUCGGGAGUCGAAAGAGCCGGCUCUUCUUUGGGAGCCGAGUCAAAAGAGCCGGCUCUCAGAAAAGAGCCGAACUUCCCAUCAUUAUU